AUGACACAGAACCGAGAAUAUCUCUUUAAAGAAGGCGAAAGAAUUCUUUGUUAUCACGGACCUAUGAUUUACGAAGCCAAGGUAUUACAAUUUGACACCUUUGAUACUAAACAUCCAAAAUCGGGGUUAACUGGACCACAUUAUUUGAUACAUUAUAAAGGAUGGAAAAAUACGUGGGAUGAGUGGGUUGAGGAACCGAGAGUUUUAAAGUUUAACGAGGCAAAUUUAAAUAAACAAAAGAUGAUUGAAGAAACGAUGAAUAAGAAGAACAAACCGUCAGUGAAAAAAACCGUUCAGGACCCUAAUAUCGAUAAAGGGAAAAAAAGGAGGAGAGAUCGUUCGAUUGACAAAGAUGACUUAGUUAAAAGACCAAAGAUUAUAUUUAACAUGCCUGAACCUCUGAGAGCUCUCUUGGUGCAGGAUUGGGAAAAUAUCAAUAAGUCACAUAUGAAUGUUCCAUUGCCGCGAAAACCCCAUGUGGGAGACAUCAUUGAGAAUUAUAGACGGUGGCGGAAGGAGAAUAAUGGGAAUCAGGAUAGUCUAGAUGGGAUCGCUGAGGAAGUUCUCAAAGGUGUACUCUUUUAUUUCAACAAAUGCAUCGGCACUCGACUUUUGUACCAACUGGAAAGACCACAGUAUCGAGAAGUUCGACAUAAGCUCGAUCACUACGAAAAUUCACAGAUUUUUGGAGCAGAGCAUUUGUUAAGAUUGUUUGUCGCUUUUCCGCAACUAGUGUCAAGCACUAAUUUAGGACAAGAGACUUUGAAUGUGCUGAAGGAUCAUUUGACGGAUUUAAUAAACUAUCUGAAUGAACAUCGAAAGGAAUAUUUUCUUGAGGAAUAUGUAAAGCUCCAAUCAUAA